AUGGUGAACAAGUCGAAGAAGUCUGUUUCGCCAUUGCAGACCAAUGCUGCUCCGGCAAGGCAGACUAGAAGUAGGAAGGCGAAAGCGGAGAAGAUAGAAAAGCAGGAGAAUGUAGAGAAGCGGGACGUCGAGUCCGUCAUUCCAACUUCUUUAUGUCCAUGCACAGGCUCAACUGCAUACAGAUGGAGGCCGCCAGCCAACCAUCACCUUACCGACAGCCUGUUGACAGCCGUGGAGGCUAGCUCGACGUACAAGCAAGCCUUCGGAUUCGACAAAGGGCCAAAUGGUACCCCGGUGUCGGGUGUAGGAAAGAACAGUACUCAGCUCUAUCGACAACUUGCUCGCACCAUUUUCUUCAAUAAUCAGCGGAUCACCGAAGAGUACGUGGAUGAAGACCUGGAUCGCCUCUCAACGUGUAUCAAGAACCGUGUCGCCAACCUCAAGAAAAUAUAUCAAAAGCAGCGUCAGAUGUUAUCCGAGACCGGUCAAGGCCUCAUCGACGAUGAUCGGGAGCAUGAGAUCACGCCCGGAUCUACGCUUCAGAAUAUAUGGGAUAAAAUCCAGACCGCAUUCCCGUGGUACAAGCGCAUGAAUAUCCUCAUGGGUGCUAGUCCAAUUGUGGAUCGUUCUGCAAUUGCACAUAGUGGCACCAAAUUGGAUCUCUCCGCUCUUGGGUCAUAUGCAAAGCGAUCCAUUACCCAGGGCUCGAGUUCGGACAUCGACGGGGGUGGUGGCGAAGACACGGGAAAUGGUGACGGCACGGGCGAUGGUGACAACGUGAGCGAAAGUGGUGGUGACGCGGGUGGCAGGUACGACACGAGCGAUGGUCACGGCGAAAGCAACGGCACGGGCGACAGGCACCUUGCUGGCGGCGGGUACGUUGCGGGUGACAGCUACGACACGAAUAACGGGUAUGUCGUGGGCGGUGGGUACGACACGAAUGGUGGAUAUGUCUUGGGCGACGUGUACAGCGCGGGCAGGGGGUAUGGCGCGGAUGAUGGGUAUACCCUGAGUGGUGGGUACGGCACGGGCAGCGGGAACGAUCCGGGUGACACUGGAGCGGCAGCAUUCGCAGACAAGGAUAUACCGACGCCUUCUGCUCGUCACCGGAGCUUUCGCCGCUCCAGCGGGGAUAGCAGCUCUUAUUCUGGCCACCCCGGGUCAGAGAUCUCAUCCAUCACUGACUCUCAUGUGGGUUCGCCCCACUUGGAUAACGUGCUGUCAUCGCCAACUACCUCUAAGCCACAGGAUCAGAAGCAGAUAGAGACUGCAGUGUUGUUGGCGCCUGGAGUUAACAGUAACAGUGGCUUGGCCAAACGCAAAUCUGACGAGCUGGAUACCACGACUGGCAAGCUCGAGGAUGCUCAGUUGAAACGGAAGAAGGAGAACAAUCCUUUUGACCGUCUCGACAAGAUCUCGGAGGCUGAGCAUCGCGUCCGAAUAGAGGUAGCAGCCUCACGGGCUGAUAGUAAAGUCAGACGUGAGGCUGAGCGCACGCGGCGUGAUCUACAGCUCAAUCAGCAGAAGAACAGAUUCGAGGCAGAGGAGUCCGAACACCGUCGCCGGCACGAACUGCAGAUGAUGCAAGCUCAGAUAGAGCUUGCACGGAUCCAGCACGGUCUCAGUUCCAGCAGCGUCAACAACCCCGCAUUGGGGUCCGAUCCGGCGAUGUCAGUGAGCCACGAUAAUUCAUGGAAUACUCCGAAUAGCUUUUCCAUGACGGAUGCAUUGCCAAGUCAUAACAAUGCUGUGUUUGAUCUCCCUGUGCUAUUGGACUCUGGCAUGUCGGACAUGUGGCCGCAUCCUUCAACUUAA